CCUCCGUCGGUCAGUGAGCUUCACUCGCUGCUCGUCUUGAUGAAACAUCUCACGGAAUAAAGUCCACACUCUUGAGGUCUUCUUUUGGAGAGCUGCACAAUGCGACGGACCCAGUAACGAUUCCCUGUCCAACAAAGCCACGUUAAUUCACUCGUGUUGACGGUUUCUGUACAAUGUGGGCGUGAAGAGAAGGACCGUCACGAGCGCGCGAGUCUCGAGGUGGAUACCGUCAAGUUUAUACAGUAACAACUCAUUGGAGUAUCCAAGCUCUUCAAGCCGUAGCUAUGGUGAACAGUCAGGUUGCAGGCGGCGCAUGCACGUCCAGGUCGUGCGCAGGCUGUGGGGGUCACAUCGCUGACCGUUUCCUGCUCUUCUCCAUGGAGCGCUACUGGCACAUGCGCUGCCUCAAGUGCUCGUGCUGUCAGGCUCAGCUGGGAGAGAUCGGGACCACCUGCUACAGCAAAGGAGGCAUGAUCCUCUGCAGAACAGACUACAUCAGGUUGUUUGGGCACACGGGGGCUUGCAGUGCAUGUGGUCAGUCCAUUCCUGCCAGUGAAAUGGUCAUGCGGGCACAGGGCAACGUCUACCACCUCAAGUGCUUCUCUUGUGCAACGUGCAGAAACCAGUUGGUCCCCGGUGACCGAUUCCACUAUGUGAACGGCACCAUAUUUUGUGAACACGACCGGCCAGGAGCUGCACAUCUUAAUUGUCACCUCCAGAGCAACCCAGUGCUCCCCGACCAGAAAGUUUGCUGAAGGACUCCCCGUCUUCUUCGCCUCUUCCUGUUCUCCUCUCUCUGUUUACCCUCCAG